UACACCGAACGACUAGUGAAUCGUGAUCACCGGUGACGUCGUUGUUUGAUCAACAUUUUCUAACCCUCAUUCGAACGUUCGCCAUGGACAAAUUGGAGAGGACUCGACAAGAACUGUCAAAGUACCAGUAUGUACAGUUUACGUUUUGCGACAUCAAUGGCACUUCUCGUGGGAAGAUUCUCCCUGUUCGCAACGCUGACAGUUUUGAGAAGGGCUUGGCCAUAUAUGCUGGUUCAUUGAUGUUUGGACACAAAAGUGAGUUGGUAAUUCCAAAAGAGGUAUCAGAUGCGGGCUUUGGAAACAUGGUCUUUGUUCCUGAUUUGGACACACUACAUCCAAUUCCUUGGGCUGGGAAUGGUAAGUUCAAGGUUGCCGAAUUCUACUGUGAAACGGCAUGGAUGCCAAGUCGCAAAUACCAGGAUGCCUGUCCUAGAUAUAUCGCUAAACGACAGUCCCAGAGGCUGCAAGACAUGGGAUACGAUUCAUUUUCCGGAUUCGAAAUAGAGUUCAUAUUGAAGAAUCAACAGACGAAAGCGUCAUUAUUUUAUGGGCCUCAUUACUGCAUGAACAAAACCUUUGGACGACUAGAACCAUUUCUACUCGAACUCGAUACGCAGCUAUCCGAAUCUGGCGUGGAAAUCGGCGAAUUACAUGUCGAGUAUCCUCCAGGUAUGGUAGAAUGUGUCAUGAAGCCGCAAUGGGGAAUCAAGUGUCCAGACUCGACCUUUGGCUUCGUCCAAGGUGUUUUCGAAAUGGCUGAGCAGCAUGACUUGUUGGCGACGUUUGUUUCAAAAUCAAAGAUGACACAGUGUGGCAUAGGUUCACACUUUAAUAUCGCCUUAUGGAAUAAAGAAACAAGAGUCAACGUCUUCCAUGAUGCAACACAAGCAGACUGUUUGUCAGAAACCACGCGCUAUUGGAUUGGCGGACUGAUGAAGCACGCUGGGGCACUGACAGCUAUAUGUUCUCCAACAGUCAACUGCUACCGCCGCCUGUUUCAACCGUGGGCACCAGGCAAGUGUUUCUGGGACAUAGACAAUCGUAAUGCAACAUUUCGUGUGAAAAAUGACAACAUGAAGAACACCUAUAUUGAAAACCGAAUUCCCAGUGGGAAAUGCAACCCAUACCUGGUAUAUGCAGCAACGCUUGCAGCUGGUAUUGAUGGUAUUGUCAACAAGAUAAAAUGUCCUCCUCCUAACGACCCCUCUGCUCCGGACCUCCCAUCAUCCUUAGCGGCUGCCUUGGAUGCCCUGAAACAAGAUGACGCCAUGAUGUCUGCGUUGAGUCAGCAGUUCGUUGAUUGGUUCAUUCAACUCAAAACGGAAAAGGAAAUAAAACCUUUACAAGAAGCUCCUAACGACGAAAAGAGGUUCCAGAUGGAAAUAGAAAUGUAUGGAUAAUAUUUAUCCCGGUUAUUAUCAUAUUAUCUGAAAAGAGAACAUUAAUAUAACCACCAUACAAUCCUUUUUAUCGUGUAUCCACUGCAGAUUAUUAUAACUCGACUGAUCAUAGAAAAGCCAUAAUUGUAGACUAGCAGAUUAUGUUUUUUGACGUCACGUUAUAUUCCGUCACGUGCUUAUAUACAUUACAAAAUCGUUCAUUUUACACAGGUUAUGGUAUCAUCGUACAGUGUAGCUGAAAUAAACAGAAAUAAUAGUUUUCACGCAAUCGUUAAUGAAUUACAGAAUUAAAGGAAUAACUAGUUAAUGGUGAUGGAUGUCUGCUUUAUUCUGUUCAGACUGAAUGGGAAAUUCUUCUCGGUAAGCAUUGCAUAAUUUGCCAUUAUUACUUUCACAGGAUAAAGCCGAGUUCAUUACAUAAGUAUUCUCUGUACAUUUUUCCUUGGUUAAUUUCCGUGUUAAAUCGGACGAUUAAUGUACGCAGUCAUUGCAAACCAGGGUUUAAAAUGAUGACACGAUUUCGUGAGCUCGUUCUAUCUGCUGUCAUUUGAUCUUGGGUUUCUUUCUUUAUUCUGUGUCUUCCACUUCUACAGUCGGGACUGCAUUAAGUUUAGUCACGUCACGUGAAUGUUAUAAACUGUAUUUGUAUAUGCUGAGUACAAGAAAUUCGUGUCUUGUGGAAAUAUAUGCUGAAUCAUUCGUCCAUAAUAUAAAUGUUAUAACUGGCAGCUGACGCGGUAUUUAAGCAUGCAUAUAUAUAUAUAUAUAUAUAUAUAUAUAGUAUAUGUAGCUUGAUUAAAGCUUGCGAACCUGAGGUCAAAAUGAUACUUUUUGUGUGUAUGUGCCACUUUAAUUUUUAACGUAUUGAAAUAUAAUAUUUUUGUGUCUAAUUAAAACAGUUAUACUGCUGAUUUUUUAUUAUUGAUUAUUAUAAUUGUUGCUUAAAAUGAGUUUCCAAGUGAAUACUGACAAAAGAAAGUAGGUAUUGCGAUUGUAAGUGGCAAAAUCGAUGUGUACGAAAGUGCAAAUGUUUUACAGGAAAUCUACAAUGCACACAACUGUGUUUUUGUUCAGGACAAUGUUUUCAUGAUCAACAUGAUCAACAAGUUCAAGUGAUGAGAAGGCUGCUGAUACUACUAGAUUGUGUAUAGAAUAUAUUACAGUAAAAUCACUUUGACCUCGAUAUGGUGUAGAACUUGUAUACAUGUAACUUCAUAUAUAAUACUGAUACUGGUAUGUUGUUUGGAUAUUGAAUUUUCAAGUUUUGCUUUGAACAUUUAAUCGAUAGAUUUACACCGGCCUCGGUGCUGUCGUAGUUAAGCCAUCGGACAUAAGGCUGGUAGGUUCUGGGUUCGCAUCCCGGCACUGGCUCCCACCCAGAGCGAGUUUUAACGACUCGGUGGGUAGG